AUGCCUUCAUCUAAUGAAGUCUGUCAGAGCCGGAUAGACCAAAUGUCACCCUAUUUUGAUGUCCAAGAGUUCAAAUGCACGUCUCGAAGUAGCAGCGAUUCUUUUGAAGAUGUCCUCCCCGCCAUUGAUGUGAUGUCAAUUUGCACUCAACUUUCAACGCAACCGAGUGCAUCUCGGGCUGCAAAGCGGAGAGUACAUUUCACACUAACGCCUUCUGUGUUUGGGGCGGACGGAAGCUCUUCACCUCAAGUUACCAGCUGGAACUAUAAACCUGUUAGGUAUGUAAAUAACACUGAAAACGCAUCCAAGAGAAGAGGGAUGAAUAUGAACAAAAAAACUGACAGAGAUGAGUGGAGUUUAGCGAGGGAGCACAGUCAGAGAGUGGGUUACUCGUCCCCAGCUUUCCGAUGCAGAUCUCCUCCCUCUCGACUGCACAAGUUCAGAAAUGCACAGAACAAACCUGAACAAACUUCGUCUCACACGGAAGCUGUUUCCGAAAUGACCAUACAAAGAGCUAUUCUCUUCCAGAGAACUCUAAGCUCUAACUUUAUCACGAAUGAUGAAAGAAGAAAACACAAUAACACUCCCAUCUGCGACUUGGAGCCAGAAAUUCUGAAACUGCCUUUGAAAAAGCACGUGUCCAUGCCGGAUUUAAAGUCAUUGCACUCAACGCUCUACAGUAGAGGAGAAAGAAAAGACAGACAACAGUAUAUUUUGAGGAAAACAUACAAGAAUGUCAGCACAAGAGAGAAGACUCAAGCAUUGAUCGUGCCAGACGUGGAAAACAACAUAACAGUAGGAAAAUGUCCAUAUUGUAUCGCGAAAAGUCAAAGCCUCGGCAAUACCAAGGACGUUAUCAAGUUUAAAAAGAUUGACAUAAAGUUACCGUGUCUGGAUACAAACCAAGACCCAUGA